GAGGGUGUUAAUAGUAGUAUUGUCUAUCAAAUAGGUGCAGAAGGUUUUCAGAAAUUGAAGCAUCUCCAUCUCCAAACGACGUUUACGAAUUUCAUAAAUUGAAAGGUUAGGUAUCCCAACUUAAUAUGGUUGGCGGUGAAUGAACUCAAUGGUUUAACAUUCUUGUUAUCAUCUUCAAUGGCUAGAAGCCUUGCACAACUCAAACGUCUUGAGGUAUCAGGAUGUCAAAUAAUGGAAGAGAUAGUAUCAAUAGAAUCUGAUGAAGAAAUUGUAGACGACUUCUUUUGCCAGCUACAAAUUCUGGAGCUAAAAGACAUUCCAAAUCUCACUAAAUUCUGCUCAAGAAACCAUACUGAACUUUCAAAUCCAUCCUUUGGGAUACAAUACUUUCUUUUUGACAAUAAGGUAGAGUUUCCAAACUUAAAGAAGUUAUCCAUUGAUGGCCUAGCAAAGUUAACGACAAUAUGGAACAAUCAAGUUUCUCUAGAGAGUUCAAAAAAUCUAGAGACAAUAGAAAUUGUUUCCUGUGACAGUUUGAAAAGUAUUUUUCCAGCCUCAGUGGCCAGAAGUCUUCAACAGUUGAGGAGUCUGAAAGUCCGGAAUUGUGGGGUAGAGGAAAUCGUCUCAAAAGAAGACGGUGUACAGACAACACCUAUGUUUGUUUUUUCAAAACUAACAUAUGUGAGAUUUCAAGAUUUACCCCAACUUAGGAGUUUCUAUCCAGAAUCGCAUUCUUCGAAGUGGCCAUCGCUCGUAACUUUGUCGGUGUAUAAUUGUACUGAAGUGCAGACAUUUGCAGAGGGCAGGUGUGAGUUGAACAAUCUUUGCACUCCAAAUAAACGAUCUUUGUUUUUACUUGAGAAGGAUUUAUUCCCGAAUUUGGAAAGUUUAGGCUUCGACGUAAUGGAGAACUGGAAUAGUCCGCCACUCCACCUGUUUGGGAAGCUCAAAGGUCUUUAUAGUUAUGCAUACGCCAAUUCAUCUGUGAAUUCUCUGGAUAAAUUACUUGGUCUUGAAAAAGUCAAUGUGAGUAGUAAUGGAGAAAUACAUGCGGUUGGGGAUGGGACCCUCCCACAUUUAAGAGAGUUGUACCUUUACGGGAUGCAGAAGCUGAUGAAUCUUGGGGAGGAUAACUUCGGACCAGCAUGCUCAUAUUUUCCAAAUCUGGAAAUUCUGAAGCUGGAAGACUGCGACAGCUUAAAGAAUUUAAGAUCAUCCGCAAUAUCCUUCAAGAAUCUAACAACUUUGCAAGUAAGUCGUUGUAAGGGAUUGAAAUACUUGAUAUCUUUCUCCAUGGCCAAAAGUUUGAUGCACCUCACAAAACUAGAAGUCCAGGAUUGUGAGGAAAUGAUAGAAAUAGUGGGGAGCAAUGAAAAUGAUGAUUCAGAAAAUGAGAUUGAAUUCAGGGUGUUGAAACAUUUGGAACUUUCUGCUCUACCAAGUCUGAGAGGCUUUUGCUCGGGAACUCGUAUUGUUAAAUUUCCAUCUUUGGAAAAAUUAUCCAUGAGUUGUACUCAACUGGAGACGUUCAUCUUUGAUUCUAUGGGUAAAAGUAAUACAAUUGGCAAGGACAUCAAAGACACUGACUCGAGCAAAAACCAUGAGAUUGAAGUACUGCAACCUUUUCUUUUUGACAACAAGGUUGAAUUUCCUAGCUUGAAAAGUUUGUCUCUCAAGGGUCUAACAAAGUUGACCACAAUAUGGCACAGUCAACUUUCUCUAAACUCCUUUAGUAGACUCAAAGACCUUGAAGUACAUGGAUGUGGAAAUUUAAUAAAUAUCUUUGUGCCCAGUACUAUAGGAAGAUUGAAUGUUCUUGAGACCUUAUUGAUAAAGGAGUGCAAGUAUGUACAAGAUGUAUUUGAACUUGGAGGAAUUGAUGUUAGAGGAAUACAUGACACGUCAGCUGCAACUCAGCUGAGAUCUUGUGACUGUCAAAAUCUAGAAUCAGUUGAAAUUGAUUCUUGUGAGAAUUUGAAAAGUAUUUUUCCGGUUUCAAUGGCUAGAAAUCUCCAACAGUUAGAAAGGCUGAUAGUGACGAACUGUGGAGUGGAGGAAAUCAUUGCAAGAGAGGAGGGACUACAAACAACACCUAAGUUUGUGUUUCCAAAAGUAACACAAGUGAUUUUCAGAAAUUUGUCCAACCUCAUGAAUUUCUACCCAGGGAUGCAUGUGUCUGUCUGGCCGUCACUUAAUGAGUUGAGGGUGGUACAAUGUGCUAAAGUCAAAGUGUUUGCCGAGGAAAUCUCAAAUUUUCAAGGACAUAAUGAGUCGGAACGUCUCAGUGUUCUUAUCCUGCAGUCUCUCUUUUUAAUUGAUCAGGAUUCAUUUCCCAAAUUGGAAUGUUUGGGCGUGAAUGCAAUGGAGUUUUUGAAUGGUCCACUCCCAGCAGCAGCGCGGUUGUUUAGCAAACUAAAGUUUCUUGAUGUUUGUUGUCCGGAGUCCAAGUCAGCUGUUUUCCUUGACAAAUUACUCGACCCAGAAGGAAACAGUGCAGUUGGGAUUGGGACCCAGCAGCAACAGCAGCUCCCACAUUUAAAAGAGUUGAGGCUUGUUCGAAUGGAGAAGCUGAUGCAUCUAGGCCAGGAUGAUGAUGAGGAUAACUCACAAUCAGCCCCCCGCAUCCCAAAUUUUCCAAACCUGCAAAUUCUAUACGUGAAUGGUUGUCACAGCUUAAGGAAUCUGAGAUCAUCCGCAAUAGCCUUCAACAAUCUAACAAGUUUGGAAGUAAGUCAUUGCAAGGGAUUGAAAUACUUGAUAACUUACUCCAUGGCCAAAAGUUUAACGCAACUCACAAAACUGGAAGUCGAGUGGUGCCCAAGACUGGUGGAGAUAGUGGGAAGCGAUGGAGACGACGAUUCAAGACAUGAGAUUACAUUCAGGCGGUUGAAACAUUUGAAACUAUUUCGUCUACCAAGACUGCAAGGGUUUUGCUCCGGAAAUUGCAUCGCUAAAUUCCCGACCUUGGAAACUUCAAGCAUGAGCAACCGCCUCAAGUUGAAGAUUUUCACAGCUCAUGACCAAACGCUACAGCUAACCAACGAAGAGGCAGACACAGAUGUCGAUGGUGUGGAGAAGUGGCUGACUGCUGAUGAUAAACGGAAUUUGGCAAGUACUGAUUGAUAUCUUAACCAGAUUCCAUCAUUCUACUGCUCCACCUGGCCGCAAUGGUCUGACAUAAGUGGAAGAUUGUUCACCAAACAUUUAUGUUGAUGAAUAUCUUUGGGGUGAUUCUAAUUUCCCAUAAUUUUCUCGCAUAUUAGAAUCCUGAGGAAGCUCAUGCAAGAAGGGGAGCUCCAUGGACCUUCAACCCUGAGCUACUACUCAAGUCUUUGAAGACUCUGAGAAGUCAGGGAUCAGUAUAUGCACCUUCAUUUGACCAUGGUGUUGGAGAUCCAGUAGAGGAUGAUAUCUUUGAAUAAAGUGGUCAUAGUAGAAGGAAAUUAUCUGUUCUUGGAUAAUGGGGUGUGGAAGGAAAUAUCGUCUAUGUUUGAUGAGAAGUGGUCAACUGUAGGAAAUCAAAUUGUCAAGGAAAAUUCUUUUUGGAAGCCGAAGACUAUCGUGGUGGUUAAUGGUUGACAAUCACUUAGAUUUUCGUCUUUCAACUUCGACCAUGAGCAACUGCCUCAAAUUGAAGAUUUCCGAAGUUCAUGAUAAAACGCUACAGCUAACAAACGAAGAGGCAGACACAGAUGUCGAUUGUUGGGAGGAGUUGCUGACUAUUGAGGAUGAAAUGAACUCGGCAAGUACUAAUUUGAUAUCUUAACCAGAUUUCACUAUUCUACUGCUCCGCCUCGCUGCAAUCUUCCUCAAUAGAAGAUUUGUUCACCAAAGUUUGCAAUGGAGUUGGGCUGGCUUAUAUACAUAUGCUCAUUGGCAUUUAAAAGAGACACCUAGCUGAAGCAUUGUCAGAAGCAAUUGGGUUUUAAGCCGAUGAACAAUGAUCACCAACUUUAGCUUCUCAACUUUGUACCUCCUCUUUAUUUGCAUUGAGAAAAUUGUGUAUUAUUUGUUGGGUACUUUGGUUUUAAUCUGAGGAAGAGGAGGAGGAAUAUGGCUUUCAAACAGUGAAGCUCAUCCGGGGUAUCAAGAUGAAGUGGAAAUCGAGUUUUUGAGGACUACAUUUGGGAAGGCCUAUACUAUACAGACCAAUGUUUGCAUCAGAGGAAGUGGAGAUGGAAAAAUUAUUGGGAGAGAGAUGAAGUUACUUUUGUGGUUUGAUCCGAUCAUUAUGCUAUAUUAAGGAGAUUAUAAUGUCAAAGUGAUCAGUUUAUCAAGGACCGAACACAAUUUGCCAAGAGCCCUGUAAAUCAUGAAGUUCCGUUUUCCCUGCUCAAAGUCUUUAUCUCCUCCAGCAGGAAUCAUCGAUGACAGUACCUUCGCUGGAUCUGUAUGCUGACAGUAUCAGAGGGAAGCUCAAAUAGAAUUGAUGCUUCUGAAGUUUCGUCGGAGCUAAAAUCAAAUGGACAAGUUGUGGAUGGAAGUCUGUUCAAAGAUAGCAAGAUGAAUGUGACUGAGAUGCAGAUAGAUGGUUCAAUGCAGAAGUAGGAAUGGAAUGUGAGGUGUCUGUACCAAAGUCAGCUUCAGAUAUCAUUAUGAAAUGAUAUCAGAGUUUAUGGAUGAAUCUGAUGAAAAGAUCUCAGAUGAGUAUAAAGGAACCUCAUUGUGAAGGAGCACAAGAUUUGAUAGUUGCCAAAGAUUGUAAUUAUGUUACUACUAUUCAAUCUGCGUUGCGACAUAAAGUAAACGAAUCACUAAGUGCUGUGAAAAUUGUUGAGCCUAUUUCAUUGACUUUGAGUUCAACUCCCACUAAGAGACUGGCAAGCAAGAGUUCUGAUGUGAAUGUGGCUGCCACUGUAAUAGAGCCUAAAGAAGCUUCAAGGCUGAGGCAUUGGGUGAUUACAAUGGGAAAUUAGAUUUUGAAUCAGGUUCCAGCGCGUAAGGGGAUUCUGAGAAUGAGGUCACUGUAGAUGAGGCAGUGGCUGAAGCUUCAUAUGAGCUUUAGGAUAACAUGAAUGCUAUCAUGGAAGCAAGUGAAGAAGAAGAUUCUGAGGAUGAGAGCUCUGAAGAUAGUCGGUUGAUGAAGCUUCAUCUGAGCUUCAGGAUAACAUGAAUGACAUCUGGAAGCAAAUGAAGAGGAAGCUUGUUGCCUCUGACAGUGAGACAGUGUAUUGUGUCUAUGUAGCCUGCUUAGAAUUUACGUUUUUAAAAUGUGUCAAUAUGCACGUCCGGUUAGAACACCGGCUUUUGUAAUAUGUAUAAAUUUCAUAAAGAUGUUUGGUAAACGUUUUUU